GUUCGACGGCGCCGAUGCGAACUGGACGAUGCGGAGCUUCCAGGCGGAGUCGUUCUUUGGUCUCAUGCCGAAGCCAGUGGGCAUGAAUGUCGACAUCGAGGACCUGCUCGACUUCGCGGUGAGCGUCGACAGUGACACGGAGGUGGACAUGGAGAGGAUGGCGCGUGAGGUGAACGAGGUGGCUAAGACCAUGUGCCACGUGCUCGUCCAGAGCGUCGACGGCAAGGCGCUUUAUGUGGCAAGGUGGUGCGAGAAACACAAUGGCUUCCUCCUUUGGCGAAUGCUGCACCGCGAGCGCGCGCCGAAGGUGAGAAGCAGGACGACGAGCAUGCUGAUCGGAUGGGUGGCGCCCUGCAUGGAGGAAACUUGCAUGACGAGGCCUUUCUUGGAGGUGCUGCCUGGAUGGGAGACAAGGCUGGACGCCUACGAGCGCGAGACGGGCGAGACAGUGGGUCAGUCGACCAAGAUCGCAGUCCUGGCCAAGGGGGCACCCACAUCCAAUAAUGAGAUUAUCCGGAACAGCAUGCCCCAGGCAGGAGGAGACUACGCGGCACUAAGGUCGAUGAUCGAGCCCUAUGUCUACGGAUCGAGCGGCUACGACGCGACGGGCCAGAUCAUGACGGAGCCCAGGGGCAUUGGAGGAGGCCCGAUGCCCAUGGAGAUCGGGGCCCUGCAGUACCGCGACGACAGGCGCGGCCCCAAAGGAGACAAAGGUAGGGACCCCCAAAGCGGCAAAGGUGGCGGCAAGAGCGACCCGCAAGGCAGUAAGGGCUGGAAUAGCUACCAAAACCAGGGUAGCUACGGCGGUGGGAAGAAUUGGAACAGCAACCAGAACCAGAGCAGCUACGGCGGCGGCAAGGGCAGAGGAGCCCUUUGCAACCAUUUCAUCAUGUAUGGUCGGAGCGGAGCACUCAUCAAGGGGAUUUUGGAUGGCUACAGGACCGCGCUGUUCGAUUUAGGAGCAGACGACCAUUUUGUCCCGGAGCAGAUGUCCGCGCCUUCGGCGACAGAGCCGAGUGCGCGAGGGGGCGGCUUCAAGAGCGUGACAGGAACGAGUAUGAGGGAGAGCGGAGAGAGAUUGGUGGAGAUGAUCUUUGGCGACGUGGAGACCAUGGAGAUGACCAGGCACGAGGUGGAGACCAGGCACCACGGGGACAUCAAGCACCAGGCGGAGAUCAAUCACCAGCUGGAGUACCAGAUCAGGCGCGAGGAGCUCGGGAGAUCCGAACCUGGACCAGUCGGGCCGCGAGUUCUUCCAGGGCCCACGGCGCCGCCGACGGAGGAGGCGAGGCAGGUGCGCUACCUGGCGCGCCUGCCAGCGGCGCCCUGGCGCGAGCGGUGCCAGGUCAGCGGCGAGGUGGAUCCGAGCAUGGAGGCACUGGGGCAAGGCACUGCGCUCGUCUGCGUGGACCGCGACACGGGCGUGCCGAGGACACCCUGCCCCCAGCAGCGCGCCCGAGAUGCAGCGCGCAGGUACAGCAGCGAGUCCAGCGCUGCCGUGGAGGAGAUGAUCGGGAAGAUCAAGGGGCAGGUCCGCGUCGUCGCCCUUGAUAUAUUAUCCCGCUACGGUGUUGAGGUGAACAUGGGCAUGGCCAUUUGGAGCUGGAUGACCAGGCAUGCGGGAUGGUGUGUUGGACGCUCUCAUGUGCGAGGCAGCGGGAAGUCUCCAUACCCCACCGCCUACGGCCACAACUACCAGGGCGAGAUUCUGCCGUUCGCGGAGACGUGCUUGGCGAGGCAUCCGAGGCCUAAGCACAGGCAGAUGAAAGGCUCCAGGGUCCACAAGGGGCAGCCCGGAUGGACAAAGGCGCUCUGGGUCGGCCGCUCCGAGCUUUCGAACGAGCACAUCACGGUUGGAGAGCGCGGCGCCAUGGCGACGAGGACGGCGCGGAGGCUCGAGCCGAAGGGGCGCGCGAACAAACGAGGAACUUGUCAGGGAGAUCCACGCUACGCCAUGGGACCAAAAUGCAGGUACCCGAGCGGCUCCGAGACCAGCGCCAGUGCCGACGAAGGAAGCGGCGUCGGGAGAGACGGCGGUGCGCGAGACGACGAGGAGAGCGCGGCGAAGAGAGUGGGGAUCAUCGAUGAAAGGCGCAGCAGCCCGAAGAGAGGCAGCGACGAGGCUGACAUCGAGGACGAGAAAGGAGAGAGGAGGCAACCAGCAGCGAGGCUGGCAGCCAUCGGCGACAUCGCCGACAGCGUGGAUGAAACCAUCGAGGAGAUGUGCUCCGAUGAGGAGGCGGAGAUCGACGAGCAAGCCCCAGCCCGGGACGAGGACAAGAUCGAUGAGGCAAAGCAUCUAGAUAUCAAGAGGCUCGAGAAUUUCGGGGUCUCCCAGGUGGCGCCGACGGAGGCGCCGAAGGGCAAGCAAGUGAUCACGGCGAAGUGGCAUCUCACCUCGAAGGUCAUCACUUUCAUCGCCAUGCAGCUGUUCCUCUUGACCUUCUGCGUCGACUUCUCGAACGCCUUCUUCAAUGCGCCGGGGCACAAGGAGUGCUACGCGCACCCCGCGGCGGAGUGGAUCGAGAAGGAGGUCGAGGAAGGCAGGUCUGGAGAAGUGACGCGGAGGUUACUUCGACAUCUUUGCGGGCGCCGGAAGGCAGGGCAGGAGUUCACGACGUGGCUGGCCGAGACCUUGAUGUCUAGUGGUUUCGAGAGGCGCAGAGGCUUACCGCAUUCAUUCGUUCACAGGCAGAGGAUGCUCUCCCUCGAAGUCCACGUGGGCGACGGCCACUGGGCAGGAGAGCGGACCAUGAUCGAGGAGUUCUGCCAGGAGUUGCACCAGAUCGCUAUGGUCGAGACCAGCGGCCCCACCAAGUACGGACAAGAAAAUAUCCACCUGAAGCGUUUCAGGACCUGCACGAGAGACGAGGUCGCAUUCAGGAGCAAGCCCAGGUAUGUCACGAGCGUGAGGAAGGCGCUGGGCAUGGAUAACUGUGGAUCACAACCUACCCCGGGCGUCAAGGCCAACAAGAAGAGCAGCGAGGACCGCGUGGACAGCCUGCUGCACGAGUCCUUGGACAGGAGCGACAUCCAGUAUGAAGUUGGGGAGCUGACUGCCAUGAUAUCUAAGCCAGCAGCGUUCGACGUGGAGGCGCUGAAGAGGUGGACCAGGGGCAAGAAGAAGGACGAGCAGGGCUGGGGCAUCCACCUCGACGGGUUCAGCGAAUCCGACUGGGCUCAAAACGAGGAUAAGAAGUCUCGGUCGAGCGUCUUCGCGGAGGCAGAGUUCUACGCGGCGACUGCCACGGCGAGCGAGGUGGUCCAGUUAAACGAGCUGUUCGAGUGGUUGGGGUUCCGCGUGAAGGCGAAGCUCUACAUGGCCAGCAGUGCGGCGCGUGGAAACGCCGCCAGGGAGGGCGCAGGGCGCGUGCGGCACAUCGCCGUGCACGCGCUCUGGCUGCAGCAGAUCGUGAAGAAGAAGCUGCUGGAUAGUGGCGUGAUCCCGACGCUGCUCAACCCAGCCGACCUGGGGACCAAGGUGCACCCGAGGCAGAGUCUAGAGUGGCUCAG